AUGUUUCGACAAAUCUACUCUGACACCGAGCACAAGUGUCAGCAAUGUAAACAGAACGUAGUACUUGUGGUGUCACCACAGUACCUCAGUUAUGACAUUGAGAUUGAAGAAGGCCUCUUUGAUGACAUAUUGAACACCAAGUUUGCUGUUAUCAAGGUAAGUUAUCUUAUACAACAGACUUCUAAAUAUAACACUGCCGAGUUCUCAAGGGCUCCGGCUCAAAGACAGCUCCGGUUCUGAAUUCGUAGCUGAGCCAAAGCGAAAAGAUAAAGCAGAAAAAGGCGAAACCGUAGCUAGAGUAAGAUCCAGAAAAUGUUGAGUUACAGUACAAAAGAAGAAGAAAAGGCCCGGAAAGAAAGCACAAUUUUGGUUCCAAAAUGCCUCCGGCUCUGGCUCUGAAGCUGACGCCAAAAAUUUUCAAAACCUCAAAACCGGAGCUGGAGAACAUUUUUAAAAAAUCAGAAAAAAUUUCAUUUUUUUUAGCAAAAACGAAUAAAACUAUCUGAUACGGUAGUUGAAGACUGGAUGCCAACAAACCAAGAUCAAGAAUUUAUGGCACAAUUGACUAAUGGGUCUGCUCUUUUGAUGAUUUUGAAUCGAAGAAAUGCGGUUGAAGCCGGUUCUGAGCUGGCCAAGUUUCAUAAUCGGAUUUGUAAAAAGUAAGAAAAGCAUAAGCCUGAGCCUAAGCCGAUUAAGUCUAAGUUUUUUACACCUAAGUCUACUAAGCCUAAUCCAAAGCCUAAGACAACUAAGCCUAAACCUAGUAAGCCUAAGCUUACUAGGCCUAAACCUACUAAGCCUAAACCUAAGCCUAAGCCUCCUAAGUCUAAGCCUACUAAGCCUAAACCUACUUAGCCUAAGCUUACAAAUCCUAAACCUACUAAGCCUAAGCUUACUAAGCCUAAACCUACUAAGCCUAAACCUAAGCCUAAGUCUCCUAAGUCUAAGCCUACUAAGCCUAAACCUACUUAGCCUAAGCUUACAAAUCCUAAACCUACUAAGCCUAAGCUUAUUAAGCCUAAGCCUUCUAAGCCUAAACCUACUAAGCCUAAGCUUACUAGACCUAACACCCUUAUAUUUUCAGCAAAUUAGGUAAAACUGGUGUGUACGUAAGUCCAGAUAUAAUCGAAGCCCAGCGUGACAUUAGGCUUCUGUUUCCCGAAGUUAAGCAGCUACAAGACGACUUGGCCGCUGUUAGAUCCUACGCCGCAACUCAUAUUGCUACACCGUUAACUAAUGUAAGUUUUAGGGUUUUUUUAGUUAAAAAAUCAAGUUAGGCAGUUGAUUUAACACUUAUUUAACCAAGUACUAUUUUGAAAACUAAAAAAAACAUGUACUAUUAAAAAAAACUUGAAAUUUCAAUUCCUGCUUACAGGAACUGGCAUCAUUGAGAAUAAUGUCAUCACAAGCCGAGCUCAGCCAAGCAGCCAUUAAGGAGCGUUUUGGAAAACAUCAUUUUUAG